ACACAUAAAUUUUAUUAGCUGUCUCUCCCCGCAACUUUGAUCCCCUCUGCUCCUAAACCCUUAACCCUACUUCACCUAUCUGAAUCUCAAGGGUUUAUAUAAGCACAUUCGGAGAGGGGAAGAGCUUGAUCGACCUUCUUUGAUUUUCUCCAAAGAUUAAGCAAUGGAUCUCCAGAGUCUGGUCGCCAUUCUCAGUGGUGCAAAUAGUCCAAAUCAAGAUGUUCGUAAAGCUGCUGAGGAAAGCCUUAAUCAGUUCCAGUAUGCACCACAACAUUUGGUGCGGUUGUUGCAAAUAGUAGUUGAUGGGUCCUGUGAUAUGGCAGUCCGACAGGGGGCAAGUAUAUAUUUUAAGAACUUCAUUGCCAAGAACUGGUCACCUCACGAACCUGGUGAGAAAUCAAAAAUUAUGCCAGGUGAUAAGGAUAUGGUUAGACAAAACAUAAUUGUUUUUGUUGCUAAGGUGCCUCCAUUGUUGAGAGUACAGCUGGGUGAAUCCCUGAAGACAAUUAUAUAUGCAGACUACCCUGAGCAGUGGCCAACACUUUUACACUGGGUGAAGCAUAAUUUACAGGACCAACAAGUUCAUGACGCUUUGUUUGUUCUUAGGAUCCUUGCGAGAAAAUAUGAAUUCAAAUCGGAUGAGGAGAGAAAACCUGUCUACCACAUCAUUGAGGAAACAUUUCCACAUCUUUUGAAUAUAUUCAACAGGCUUGUUCAGAUCGUAAAUCCUUCAAUUGAAGUAGCAGACUUGAUCAAGCUCAUUUGCAAAAUAUUCUGGUCAUUUAUAUAUCUAGAGAUUCCUAAGCAUCUGUUUGAUCCAAAUAUUUUUAGUGCAUGGAUGACUCUUUUCUUGAAUAUUCUGGAAAGGCCUGUUCCUGUGGAAGGACAGCCAGCUGAUCCUGAACUAAGAAGAUCUUGGGGAUGGUGGAAGGUGAAAAAGUGGACAGUACACAUUUUAAACCGUCUUUUCACCAGGUUUGGAGAUUUGAAACUUCAAAAUCCAGAUAAUAGGGCUUUUGCCCAGAUGUUUCAGAGGAACUAUGCAGGAAAAAUUUUGGAGUGCCAUCUUAAUUUGUUGAAUGUUAUCCGAGUAGGUGGAUAUUUGCCUGAUAGAGUGACCAAUUUACUUCUGCAAUACUUAAGCAACAGUAUAUCAAAAAGUAACAUGUACAAUCUGCUGCAGCCAAGACUUGAUGUUGUUCUUUUUGAGGUUGUCUUUCCCCUUAUGUGCUUUAAUGAUAGUGAUCAAAAGCUUUGGGAUGAAGACCCUCAUGAGUAUGUUCGAAAAGGUUAUGAUAUAAUUGAGGAUCUAUAUAGUCCUAGAACUGCUGCAAUGGAAUUUGUCAGUGAGUUGAUAAGGAAGCGUGGUAAAGAGAACCUUCAAAAGUUCAUACUCUUCAUUGUUGAGAUCUUUAAGAGAUAUGAAGAGGCAGGUCCAGGAUACAAACCUUAUAGACAGAAGGAUGGUGCCCUCCUUGCAAUUGGGACACUAUGUGAUAAACUGAAACAAACUGAACCAUAUAAGUCACAGCUCGAACAUAUGCUUGUGCAACAUGUCUUCCCUGAAUUUAGCAGUCCUAUGGGUCAUCUUCGAGCCAAGGCAGCAUGGGUUGCAGGACAAUAUGCAUACAUCAACUUUUUAGAUCCAAACAAUUUCCGUAAAGCAUUGCAUAGUGUUGUUGGUGGAAUGCGCGACCUUGAACUUCCGGUUAGGGUUGAUUCUGUUUUUGCAUUGCGUACCUUUGUUGAGGCCUGCAGAGAUUUAAAUGAAAUCCGACCAAUCCUUCCUCAAUUGCUUGAUGAGUUCUUCAAAUUGAUGAAUGAAGUUGAGAAUGAAGAUCUUGUAUUCACCCUUGAGACAAUUGUGGACAAGUUUGGAGAGGAGAUGGCUCCUUAUGCUCUUGGAUUAUGUCAGAAUCUGGCUGCUGCAUUUUGGAAGUGCAUAAACACUGCAGAAUCAGAUGAAGAAGGUGAUGAUCCUGGUGCUUUAGCUGCAGUUGGCUGCCUGCGUGCCAUAGGCACCAUCCUUGUGUCAGUGAAUCAGUUUCCACACAUUUUUGAGCAGAUUGAACCAACGUUGCUCCCUAUAAUGCACAGGAUGCUUACGAUUGAUGGACAAGAGGUCUUUGAGGAAGUUUUGGAGAUUGUGUCUUAUAUGACGUUAUUUGCACCAAAAAUAUCAUUGGACAUGUGGACUCUCUGGAAAUUGUUGAUGGAAGCACUUGCAGAUUGGGCUAUUGAUUUUUUUCCAAAUAUAUUGGUUCCAUUGCACAACUAUAUAUCGAGGGGUACAUCACAUUUCCUUACAUGCAAGGAACCAGACUACCAGCAAAGCCUUUGGAAUAUGAUUUCAUCUAUCAUGGGAGAUAAAAUCUUGGAGGAUGGGCAGAUUGAACCAGCACCUAAACUCAUUGGAGCUUUAUUUCACAACUGCAGAGGACAGGUGGAUCACUGGGUUGAAGCAUAUAUUAGAGUCUCAAUUGAAUGUCUACGUCAUGCUGUGAAGCCAUACUUGAAAUCCCUCUUGGUCCAAGUGGUUGCUGAUGCUUUUUACUAUAAUCCAUCAUUAACAAUGAGUAUCCUGCAAAAGCUUGGUGUUGCCGCAGAGAUCUUCAAUCUCUGGUUUCAGAUGCUGCAACAAACUAAAAGAAGUGGGCUUCGGGCUAAUUUUAGAAGGGAGCAUGAGAAGAAGGUUUGCUGCUUGGGUUUGACAUCAUUGCUCACUCUUCCUGCAGAUCAAAUGCCAGGGGAGGCCUUAGAGCGCAUUUUUAAGGCUAUUCUUGAUCUACUUGUUGCCUACAAGGAUCAAAUUGCAGAAGCUGCCAACGAAGAGGAAGCUGAUGAGGAUGGUAUGGAUGAAUUCCCAAGUGAUGAGGAUGAAGAUGAUGAGUUAGACAGAGAAAUGGGAAGUGGUGAGGAUGGAGAUGAAGCUGACAGUCUUAAACUCCAAAAAUUGGCUGCACAGGCAAGGGUUUUCCGCUCAAAUGAUGAUGACGACGAUUUUUCAGAUGAUGAUUUUAGUGAUGAUGAGGAAUUGGAAUCACCCAUUGAUGAUGUGGAUCCUUUUAUUUUCUUCGUGGAUACUGUCAAAGUUCUUCAAGCAUCUGAUCCCUUGAGGAUUCAGAACCUCCUCACCCAGACACUGGAUUUCCAUUACCAGGCGCUCACAAGUGGUAUUGCUCAGCAUGCCGAACAAAGAAGGGUAGAGAUCGAGAAGUUACAACUAGAGAAGGCAUCAGCUAAUGCAUCAUGAUUCUGGUGAGCUUCAAGUCAUUACAUUACUGAAUUCAUCCAGUAAUGGCUCAAGACAAGCAUGAGUAUAUGAUAAUUGGAUUCGAGUUGCUCCCUGAUCUCAAUACUUACUGAGCCUUGUGUUGAGUGUUGAGGUCGAAAUCUAAACUGCUGUACGCAGAGGUGAGCAUAAGGUUAAGUGGGAAACUCGGGAUGCUUCCCAUCAUAGCCUUGUGUGUGGAUUUGUUUAAGUCGUCUUAUGUUGACUGGGGACUAUUCUAUGUAAUAAGAUGGCCCCCCCGUUAACUUGUCUGUCCUUGUUCGUGUGACUUGUUCAUAUAGUUUUUAGAUCCUUCCCGCAUUUGGUUGUGUGGAAGGGUUAAAAAAAAUACUGCAUAGCAUCUUUUGCUGUGCUGUGCUGUCCCAUAAAAUUCACCGGGAGGUGGAUGGAUUCAAUUUUGGAAUGGCAUACCCAACAAUUUUUAUUUUAUAUUCUGGUCUAUCUUGCAAUUUAUUCUUUGUACAAACAACGUUAUUCUUUCGAAAUGCAUGAUUUUAUUUGGAGUUCUUGUAA